AUGCAUUCUCGAUUAUUGUUCCUCCUUGGUGGAGUGGCGAGGGUGUUGGCUCAGACCCAAUAUACGUCUACUGGCACGGCGGCAGUGGCGAAGGCAAGGGCUACUGCUUUGACGGAAAGUCCGACUAGUGAUGUGGUGGGGAAGAGUUUUAAUCGAUUUGUGACGAUUUGGUGCGAGAAUACGGAUUAUUCGAUGGCUGCUGCUGAUCCAAACUUCGCGUACCUAGCCACUCAAGGAAUUCUUCUCACCAAUUACCUCGCCAUCACACACCCUUCACAACCGAACUACGUUGCGGCAGUAGGUGGUUCGACGCACGGCAUCAGCAGUGAUUCAUUCUCUCGAAUCAACAGUUCUUCACAGACGAUUGUGGAUCUACUUGAAGCCGGAGGUGUAAGUUGGAGUGAGUACCAGCAGGACUCGCCUUACUCUGGUUUCGAGGGAAAUUAUAUCAAUCAGCAGACGGGCGCAAAUGAUUAUGUUAGGAAACAUAAUGGAUUAAUGAGUUACGACUCCGUGACCUCGAAUCUUGACCGUCUUGCCAAGAUCAAGAACUUUACCAUGUUCGAGACUGAUUUGGCGAAUAAUCAGUUGCCGCAAUGGAUGUUCAUUACCCCAAACAUGACAAAUGAUGGCCACGAUACAUCCGUCACCGUAGCAGGAGCAUGGGCGAGAAGUUUCCUGACUCCCUUGUUGAGCAACAGUAAUUUCAUGCAGAAUACCUUGAUCCUUUUGACAUUCGAUGAAACGGAAAGUUAUACGAGCAAUAACCAAGUGUACUCAAUAUUGCUUGGAGAUGCAAUCCCGGCUUCUUUGGUAGGGACGACGAAUAAUACGGCGUUUAACCAUUAUUCGCAGAUGGCGACUGUUGAGAAGAACUGGAAUUUGGGAAAUCUUGGGCUGGGUGAUGCAACGGCUGCAUCGUUUUUUGUUGGUUGA